AUGAAUUCAGGCUAUGUAAGAAGACAGCCUCCUAAAGUACCCAAAGAUGGAUUUGGACCUCGUGGUGUUCCGGACUGCUAUUAUACAUCACGUGUGCUGAACUCUACAUUCCUUUACGUGCAAUUCGUAAAGAAACUUCGCCAGCAGGAAGAAGAUGAUCGCAUAAAAGACAUACGUGAGAAAAUAGAAAGCAAGGAGAAUUGUCAACAAGAGUUCUUUAUACGUUGUGAUCGCCGAAGACUUAUUAAUAGAACAUCCAUACGUGUCGCCUGUUGUAUGCAAGCAUAUCAAGAUUAUUUGAAAGAAAGAAAACAGAAGUUGUUCGAAGUUCUCUCAGCAGAAGAGGAAAGGAACAUACGACUGUUGGUAGAAUCUGUUCAAGCGGGUUACGAGUUAGCAUGGAACGCUAAAAUGGAUCGUCUCAAUUACCUUAUCGCUAAAAGAAAGAAAGAGCAUGAAGAGAAAUAUCAAGAUACGCCUUUGUCCAAAUCUGCACACGUACUCCCGUGCAUAUACAAAAUAAGAAGAGGCUGA